GUGCGACAGAUCGAAGUGUCUUAAAAAUGAUCGCACGAUCAACACUGACUUUACUGUAAAGCAUAGAAGUACACGACACCGAGCCCGCCUGGAAAGCCCGGGAAGUGUGUCUGGUUUGCAAAGCCCCGGCCACCUGCUCGGCGGUGAGUCACCGGCGCAGGCUCGCACCUGCCUCCGCGCCCGCCGACCGGCUGCUGCGCGGCUCCCAGCGCGAUGUCCGAGGCGGGGGCGGCCCCCGCGCCAGGCCCCGCGCCGCGGGCCGCGGGAAGCCGGGAACGCCUGCUCUCGUUUUCUCUGACAUCUGGGGGCCACCAGAGUGUGGGCCGAAGCAAGCGCUACAGCCGCAGAAGUAUCCCCAGGAGGAGCUGGAAAAAACCUCAUCUCCAGCUCCACGGUCUCCAGGCAGAGGAAGAACCCAUGCUGGAACGGCGCUGCAGGGGCCCCUUGGCCAUGGGCCCGGCUCAGCCCAAGGUCUCUGGGCCCUCCCAGAAGUUGCCCCAGACCAUGGAGAAGGAGCCCCACGGGCUGAGGUUACAAGGCACUUCCGAGGCUCAGUUGGGCAACCAAGCCCCCAGUAAGGCCCAUCGAUGUGCCCACUGUAGAAGGCACUUCCCGGGCUGGGUGGCCCUGUGGCUUCACACCCGCCACUGCCAAGCCCGGUUGCCCCUGCCCUGUCCUGAAUGCGGCCGUCGUUUUCGACACCCUCCCUUCUUGGCACUACACUGCCAGGUCCAUGCCGCUGCCACUCCAGAUCUGGGCUUUGCCUGCCACCUUUGCAGGCAGAGCUUCAGAGGCUGGGUGGCCCUGGUUCUGCAUCUCCGGGCUCACUCAGCCGCAAAGCGGCCCAUUGCCUGUCCUGAAUGUGAGAGACGUUUCUGGCGACGAAAGCAGCUUCGGGCUCACGUGCGGAGGUGCCACCCCCCAGCCCCGGAGGCCCGGCCCUUCAUAUGUGGCAACUGUGGCCGGAGCUUUGCCCAGUGGGACCAGUUAGUUGCUCACAAGCGGGUUCAUGUAGCUGAGGCCCUGGAGGAGGCAGCAGCCAAGGCUCUCGGGCCUCGGCCUAGGGGCCGCCCUGCGGUGACCGCGCCCCGGCCUGGCGGAGACGCCGUUGAUCGCCCGUUCCAGUGUGCCUGCUGUGGCAAGCGCUUUCGGCACAAGCCCAACCUGAUCGCCCACCGCCGUGUGCACACGGGCGAGCGGCCCCACCAGUGCCCUGAAUGCGGGAAGCGCUUCACCAAUAAGCCCUACCUAACCUCACACCGGCGCAUCCACACCGGGGAGAAGCCCUACCCGUGCACCGAGUGCGGGCGCCGCUUCCGCCACAAGCCCAACCUCCUGUCUCACAGCAAGAUCCACAAGCGGUCUGAAGGGUCGGCACAGGGCGCCCCGGGCUCAGGGAGUCCUCAGCUUCCAGCUGGCCCCUUGGAGGCCUCGUCGGAGCUCGCUGCAGACGCCCCGCUGAGAUCCAGCCAGGAGGCAGCACCGGAGCCUCUGCUGGAGGCCCCUGGGGCGCCCCUGCAGGACCCGGCGGCUGCGCCCCCAUCCCUGUUCACCUGCGAUGACUGUGGCCGGAGCUUCCGGCUCGAGCGCUUCCUGCGGGCCCACCAGCGGCAGCACACCGGGGAGCGGCCCUUCACCUGCGCGGAGUGCGGGAAGAACUUCGGCAAGAAGACCCACCUGGUGGCGCAUUCCCGGGUGCACUCCGGCGAGCGGCCGUUUGCCUGUGAGGAGUGCGGGCGCCGCUUCUCCCAGGGCAGCCACCUGGCCGCCCACCGGCGCGACCAUGCCCCUGAGCGGCCCUUCGUCUGCCCGGACUGCGGCAAGGCUUUCCGCCACAAGCCCUACCUGGCGGCCCAUCGACGCAUCCACACCGGCGAGAAACCCUACGUCUGCCCAGACUGUGGCAAAGCCUUCAGCCAGAAGUCCAACCUGGUGUCCCAUCGGCGCAUCCACACGGGCGAGCGCCCCUAUGCAUGCCCCGACUGCGACCGGAGCUUCAGCCAGAAGUCCAAUCUCAUCACCCACCGUAAGAGCCACAUCCGGGACGGCGCCUUCUGCUGUGCCAUCUGUGGCCAGACCUUUGACGACGAGGAGAAGCUCCUGGCCCAUCAGAAGAAGCAUGAUGUCUGAGAGGGCAGGGGCUGCAGAGACCAAGGGAAGGGGGUGGCCUGAGCGUCAUUUACAGGCAUGUUGCUGUGGGCCUGUGCUUGGGGGUACCUGUGUUGCUGCUGCUUUAGGAAAGGGGUGGGAGAGCAGCCAGUGAGCUGGGCCCUGUUAGGGAGGGAGGUCUAGUCCCCAGCGGCCAGGGAAGCCUCACUCAGUGCAGGGGGGCUCAGGCCUCCAGCCGGUGUUUGCUAAGGUUCUGCCCUAACCAUCCUGUGCCCUGGAAAAGUAGCAAUAGCAGCUCUACCUACCCCUUAGAGCCCUCCAGCUGGAGGGGCCACCAGGGGACAGGAAGUCCCUUCCCCUCUGGUGUUGACGCCUUAAUGUCCUUGUCUUUUAUCAUGAGUUCCUUCAGGUCGUUUUUUGGAAGUAGGUGUGGUACAGUCUUAGUAAAUGAGCACUUGGGAGGAAAAGUGGACCAGCUGGAUACACCUGGGAGAACCUGCUGGCCUUGUUAGACAGUUCCUGGGCCUUUUCCAGCACAGAGGUGAGGUCGCACUGCUCGAACCUGUCCCACUCCGUCCCCUUCUGCCCCUGCCCCUGCACAGGCACCUGGACUCAGACCCAUCUACUGUUAGCGCUCAGCUCCACUCCACCUCCCCAAGAUCAGUGCACCACCUUCCCGGCAUGUAGAGCAUCCCCUGGCUGUCAACAGCUCUGUGUCCAGGCUUUUGUCUGAACACCCCAACCUUCCACUCGUUCCAGAACUCAACAUGGUGGGAAGGACUGCCCCAGUGAUAAUGGAGGGUCGGCUGACAGCAUGAAAGGGACAAGUUUCCUUUUCAACAUUUCUAGGUUAUGGAUGCCCAGCCUCCCCCACCUCCGUCCACCUCCACACUUAGGUGACAGGGAGUCCCCACCUCCUGAGGCCCUGGUUCUAUUGUAGGAUAAUUCUAAUUGUUAGAAAUUCUUCCUCAUAAUGAAUGGAAUCUGCUUUCCUGUAAUUUCUACCUAUUGGGCCUUGUUCUGUUCUCUGGAAUGAAACAGAACAACCACUUACCCUCCUUUUCAAACUAGAGAAUAAAGAUUUGGUUUUAGA